AAUUCGCAUCACAGCAGCAUUGGCUUUGUUUACAAACCUCAAUGCGAUAAACAAUUUCUCGUUCGUAUACAUGCACAUUUUUGUAAAAAAAAAAAAUAUAAAUAAAUCGAAAACAUGUCUUGUGAUUAUGCGAAUGGAUUAUCUGAUUACAACAAUAAAGGUGUAUUGGGUGUUCCGGAGGUAUUCGACGAUGAAAAAACAGUUGACGAGAAAUGUGCAACAUUGGCCCAAAUGAUUUUGGCAUCAAAACAUGUUGUCGUUCAUACGGGAGCAGGUAUUAGUACAAGCGCAGGAAUUCCGGAUUUUAGGGGACCAAAAGGUGUUUGGACGUUAGAAAAAGAGGGUAAAUCUCCACAAGUGAAUGUUUCUUUUUCGGAUGCGAUACCUACAAAAUGCCAUAUGGCUUUGAAAGCACUGCUCGAGUCAGGUCACAUCAAAUAUAUUGUCAGUCAGAAUAUUGAUGGGCUGCAUUUAAAAUCGGGCGUACCUCGUUCCAACUUGGCUGAGUUGCAUGGUAAUAUGUUUAUCGAGAAUUGUGACAAGUGCCGAAGACAAUAUGUAAGAGCGACACCAGCACCAACAGUGGGUCAGAAGAGAACGGGUGGCAUUUGCAAAGGUGGAAAAGGGGCUCGUGCAUGCCGUGGCGGUUAUUUAUUAGAUAAUAUACUUGACUGGGAGCACGAUUUGCCCGACAAUGAUCUCGAUAUGGCACUCACACAUUCAUGUUUGGCCGAUUUGAACAUUACUCUGGGAACAACUCUACAAAUCAAUCCAAGCGGUUCACUUCCAUUAAAAAAUAAGAAAUUCGGCGGUAAAUUAGUGAUUUGCAAUUUGCAACCAACGAAACAUGACAAAAAAGCCGACUUAAUAAUCUCAACAUACGUUGAUAUUGUGAUGGAAAAGGUUUUGAAACGUUUAGGUGUUGAAUUGCCAGAAUAUUCAACGGAAAUGGAUCCAACAAAGCAAAUGCCGUGUGAAUUGGAAUGGACAAUUCCGGCUAGUUUAGUAAAAGACAUUGACGACCAGCAUAAGAAAAUGCUAAAAGAGGUGAAAAAACGUAAAUCAGAAGAAGCACAUAAUAUUACAAAGGGGAAGGCAACUAAAUUUGAGCAUGUUCCGAAAAAAGAAGAAAAAGAAAGCAAUGACUAAAAAAUAAACA